CAACAGAUUUAAUGUUUUUAUUUAGGCAGAAUUCCGGAAGCUGAGACACAGCAACUGUUUUCUUUUGAAUUCACACUUAAUAUAUUUUGGUUUAAUAUUACUGGAAGCAGUAUAAUACUUUUAUUAGUGACGUGUCGUCGUACCGUAAUGCAUUAGGUCUGUAAUGCCAUCCUGAGGUCUGUCUGCAUGUAAGCUUAACUAUAUCAGUCAUACAUGACAAAUGAAUCAUGGGCAACGGCAUGAAUAAGGUUAUUGAUGGUCUCUAUCUAGGAAAUAUAAGAGUAUGUCAAAUGAGUGACUCAGAGAACAGAGACGGUCUGUCCCGCAAUGGCAUCACCCAUAUUCUUUCCGUGUGCAACAAUGCCAAGCCUGUCUUAGAGGACAUGACCUAUCUUUGCAUUAAUGCAGCUGAUGCCUCCAGCCAAAAUCUGUCUCAACAUUUUAAAGAGUCCAUACGAUUUAUCCAUGAAUGUCGACUUAAUGGAGGGGCAUGUCUAGUUCAUUGUCUUGCUGGGGUGUCCCGCAGUACCACCAUGGUGGUGGCUUACCUAAUGACUGUCACCAACUAUGGCUGGGAAGAGUGUCUGACUGCGGUGAAGGCUGUGCGUUCCUUUGUGGGCCCAAACUAUGGCUUCCAGCAGCAGCUGCAGGAGUUCCAGAUGAAACAGGUUUUAGAGUACCGGGCAUGGCUGCGGACCAGCUACAGACCCAGCCCCUUUAAAGACCAGGAACAAGUUGAAGCUUUACUGAGUCUAUACACAGAACAGCAGCAACAGGGGCAACAAAAUGAUUUGGAUUUGAUGAGCCAGGGAUCUCGCAUCUACCCUCUAUCCUACCACCAGUACAGUGCAUCAGGCAGCAAAAGAUGAAAGUGGCCAUGAUGCCUAUGUCUGCUUUACCACCUGCUUUAACCCUAGCUGGACAAUAAAGACAUGUGAGGCAAUCCCACAUGUGUAGGUUAUUUUUAAAUGAAAGAUUGCAGAGCAGUCUCCCUUUAUAUUAUAACCAUGCUGAUUUGAGAACACUCAGAAGUGUUUACAUUCAUCUUGAGUUCAUUAAGCACAAUGAUUCAAAGAGUAUUUCAUCAUUUUCAUUUACUCCCUUAAGCUGCUUGAAUCUGUUAAUAUAAUUUAUCAGUGAAACAAAUGCACUACAACACUAAAGUAGCCUUAUUGAAUGCAAUAUUUGGACUGCUAUUUAAUGAUUAGUGCUUUUUGACAUGUUUCCUAAGUAUGCACUGCUGUUCUACACUGUAAAAAACAAUUUGUUGAGUCAACUUAAAAUAAUUUGUAACCUGGCUGCCUUAAAAUUUUAAGUUCAGUCAACUCAAAACAAGUUUAUUCAACUUG